CAGGUUCCAUAAAAUGGACAGGCUGUUUCAUUUGCUAUUUUUCUCAGGAUUCUGUUCAUUUACUGGGGGCAUUUCACGUGAAUAUGUUCUAAUCCAGGAACAGAAGACUUGGUACCAGGCACAAGCUUACUGCAGAGAGAAUCACAUUGACCUGGCCACUGUUCAAAAUGAUGACGACUGGGCAAAUCUACGAGACACAGUUUAUAAAAUGGCUAAGAUGGCUUGGAUUGGACUGUACAAUGACGUUUAUAGCUGGCGGUGGUCUUAUCAGGAUGAAAAAAUUACAUUACAGAAUUGGGCCACUAGAGAACCAAACAACUACGAUGGACAUGAGGCAUGUGGUUUGAUUAAUGAUAGAAUAUGGAAUGAUUAUGACUGCAGGGGACUAUUUCCAUUUUUUUGCUUCAAUGAGAACAGAACAAACAGGUUUGUUUUCAUUAGCGAUGCCAAAACCUGGCAGGAGGCUCAGAGCUACUGCAGACAUUAUUACACAGAUCUGGCCAUCACUUGGAGUCAAAGUGAGAAUGACCAAUUAACCGAGUUGAAGAAACCAUAUUCGAGUGCUUGGAUUGGUCUGUUUAGAGACACGUGGAAAUGGUCAGAUGCAACAAAUGUCUCUACUUCCUCCUUUACCUGGCUGACAGCACAACCUGACAUGAUUACACUGGACAGUCCUUGUGGUGUUUCAGAUCCUGCUGGUAUGAUCCAUUACCAGCUCUGCUCAAAUGUCCUUCCUUUCCUCUGCAUCCAACGUACAAAGAAACAGAUUGUGAGAGUGAAGGUGAAAAGUGGUCAGAAUCUAAAUGACCCUAUAGUGAAGAACGUUAUCUUACUGUUGGUAAGUAUUAAACAGUUUGAGCUAAAACAGAUAAUGGAGAACAAGCAGUUUCUGUAAUUUCACAAAUAUUGUA